AUGAACAACACACAGACCUCAGACUCCCAGGAAGAAAGUGAAUUGGCUUACCCGCCGGAGUCUGUGGUGGUACUCACUGAGGAACAGCCGCUGGGGAUCUAUGUAGCAGAGCCCGAGAGGCGAAAAGUCAACCUGGGCAUACGAUACUUCAAUUACCGUGGGUUUAUGAACCGAGUCCAGAAAGAUAACUGGGAUCAUACCAUCGAGUGUUUGUUGACCACCACCAAUAUGCGAGAUACAAUUGAUAAAGAACGAGAGCGAAGAAAGAGGAUUGAUUGUCCGGACGAUUUUAGACCUGUUGAAGCAGCACAGAGUGAUCCCCCCUUGAUGGAGGAGGACCCGAGUGCGAUAGCACAGAACCACCAUCUAUUUCGCGUGAGAAUACGUUCACGGGAGAUCUUACGCCAUCUCUUCGACCUCUUCGGCUGGCAACCUGAUCACCCAAGCAUCACCACCGUCGAGCUCGUAUUUUGCCGUCCGUUCUCUGCUUUCGCUUUUUAUCAUGAGGCCAUGAAGGAAAGACUGAGAAAGAUGGAGUCGGACCAGAAUCAGAGUUCUCCAAGCGAGCCCACCAAUAACGAAGAUGAAUUGCCUGACUCCGUCGCUGCUCUGGAAGAGCUAAGAUGUUACGUCACCUUUAUUGAGCAGAAAAUUCUGCCUUUACGAGCGCAAUAUUUCAAGUUGGAUAAGAGCACUCCCAAAAAGGUUUUCUACGAAGAGAUUCCAUUGCUCUUUCGCCCCGGGGAGCUGGUUUUCGUCCCCUCAUCAUCAAAGAUCACCAAAGCAUACCGGCAGUCCGCCAUCCAGAACGUCUGGCGAAUGUAUUCCUGUGUUCCAUUAGAUAUCAACUGCGAACAUGACGGAGAAAAAUGGUUAGAUCCCGACAAUACUACCGAGGUCUUCCUUUAUUGUCUUGACCACGAUGGGGAUGAACUGAGAACUUUAUGGCGCAAUGUAGGGUUCAAAUACUUCCCUGGAGAGCGAGAAAUCACUUCUCUAGAGUGCUUUCCAUUGAAGUUCCAUCUUCGACGGGAUCAAAUUUUGAAGGAACAAAUUGAAAGAGGAAAGGCUUUCUGCAAGCUCGUGCAAGCUGAUGUCAACCACUUUUACUACUCUGGCUGGAACCUGGUCACGGGUAUUUAUGAAACAGAUGACUCCGAAAUUACCGAGCCAGAGCAUGUGGAGAGUGAGGUUAUCAUUGACAUCAGAGAGGCUGAUCGUCACAUGCCGGAGUGGACUGAAAGAGACGUGCCGGAAAUCGCCUCAACCUAUACUUUUCAGGCUGACCCUAUUCCCAUCACGUAUAGAGUAUGGGAUCUGCAAGCAACGGGUUCAGAGAAAACAGAAGACUCUGAUCCUUAUGUGGCAGAAAGGGCAUAUGAGCUCCUUCGUGAAGAUUUUAUCUACUCUGAAGAGGCUAGGGAGUUCAACCGGAAGAUGCCUUACAUCGAAAAAGACGGCAGACUGUCAAAAGUCUUGACUGAUGAGGACUACGCCUUGCUACCCAGAAGAAUAUCUGGCUAUGUGCUACGUGAAAGGAAGUUUGCGCGCCUCGAUGUCCAAAGCUUCCAGUAUAAGGCGGGUAGCGAGAGGAUCACGCUAAACGACAUCCAGACAAAAGAGGAAUAUAGGAAAGUCAUCCGGUCGAGCGUUUCAACCCACUUCCUCAGGGCAACCCAAAGCAAAACCGACGACUUCCAAAUGCACAAUCCCGAUAUCAUUAGAGGGAAAGGGCGGGGUUUGGUAAUUCUCCUCCACGGAGCUCCGGGCGUGGGCAAAACAGCAACUGCGGAAGCUGUGGCUCAGGAAUUCAAGAAGCCUCUAUUUCCUAUCACAUGUGGAGAUUUGGGAGUCACACCCGAUACUGUUGAAAAGACUUUGAAGGAUAUAUUCCGAUACGCACAUCUGUGGGAUUGUAUUCUUCUGCUCGACGAGGCCGACGUCUUUCUUACUCAACGUGAUCGAACGAACGUGAAACGUAACGCUCUGGUAUCAGUCUUCCUUAGAGUACUAGAGUACUAUAGCGGAAUCCUCUUUUUGACAACCAACCGAGUAGGGGCAUUGGAUGAAGCGUUCCGAUCUCGGGUGCAUAUCAGUCUUUACUAUCCCCAUCUCAGCUAUGAUGAUACAAUUGAGAUCCUGCAACAGAACCUGAAUCGACUACCCAGAGCCGAAGCUCAACCCGAGAAUGUGCCUAUUACCAAUGCGCAUAUUCAGGCCAUGGAAGACGAGAUCAUCGAUUUUAUGAAGCAGGAGUACAAGAAAUACUCGCAAAUCCAUCGACAUGGACCCUGGAACGGACGACAGAUUCGCAAUGCAGUCCAGAUUGCCGCAUGUAUCGCUCUCUUUGACAAGAAGGACGGUCCUAAAAAUCUACCGUCGGUGCUCACGGCACAGCAUUUCCGCACCGUCCACCAGACCAUGACUGAAUUCGAUCAGUACAUGACCAAGACCCAGAUUGUGGAUGAUAGUGCGAUGGCACGGAUGGCUGGCGAUCGGGUUGACGACUAUGAGGCCGACGAUGCGGCGAACAACCACGAGCCGGUAGCGUAUCAAGGCUUUGCCGGAUUUGGAACUGAUCACCAACAAAAAUUCCCCUCACCUGGACGUUCCGCUGGACGAGGAAUCGCCUCAUCGGCUACUGUAUCAAGAGGUGGUCCGUCGGCGCAAGGACAAGGCUUCCAUCAGAGCAUGCGCUCAUCACGGGGCAACUAUUCUGUACCAUCCCAUGCCGCCGGCCAGGAACCGACUCCAUACCGCACCUCGCCGGCAUACAAUCAGCCUGCCAUGGAAGAGGGUGAAAAUACAAUUCUCCAAAGAGCGACUUUAAGGGGGCGGAUGCGUGCGGCUGAUCCCCAGAACCAAAAUCGACGCGCAUCACCAUCUGCCUUCGAUGGGGGUAUGCAUAUGCAGAAUUUCCCGGAAGAGCAUCUCCCCGACGAUCUGGAAUACUCGGAAGAACAAAUGCAUGAGUAUGAAUUGCAUUCUUCUUCUGAGGGUUAUCGCUUCCAGGUGGACACAACGACUGCCACGCUUGACAGUUACCAGGCCCUUCCUCGUCACGAUCCGGCAUUGGGCCCAACGACAAACUCAUCUUCUAUUUCCGGUACUCGGGUGAGCGCAAGUCAACGAACCGGAUUUUAA